AUGUACGUCGUGACCAUCACGUCGGUCUUUACCGGCCUGGCGGUUUUGGUUGUCGCCCUCCGGCUAUACACCCGGAUCUACAUGGUGAAGGCUCCUGGGCUAGAUGAUUUGAUUAUAUCAUGUGCAUUGCUCUCGGACCUGGCAUUGUUUGCCUGUAUACUUCUUGAACGAAAAUAUGGCAUCGGCAUCCACUCGAGCAAACUUUCCGAAUAUGACCUCCAGCACCAACUAUUUUGGUUAUGGCUUUCGGUCCCUUUCUACAACAUGACCAUGGUCUUUGCCAAGCUCUCUGCCCUUACGCUCUUCGCCCGUCUGUUCCGUCUAUGGACGACACUGAGCGGAUUCUUCUUCUGCGUUCCUGUCCACGCCUUCUGGAAUCCCUCCGAAGACGUCCGCCUGGCAAAAUGUCUACCUGCCGCCCCUGUCUGGUUCACCAAUGCGGCACUCCAGACAUCUACUGAUCUGGUGAUAUUGGUUAUGCCCAUGCCGCUAUUGUGGAAGUUACAACUACCUAAAAGGCAAAAGUGGGGAAUACUUGUGGUUUUCAGCCUUGGAAUCUUUAUUAUUGGCACUAGUUCCGUUCGCUUGUAUCCAUUAAGCGUCAUGGUUGGCGGAGGAGACUUUAUCGAGGAAAAUGCCCAAGCAGCCCUCUGGUCCUCCCUAAGAGGGAAACGUAUCCAUCAUCUGCAUCUGCCUCCCACCACUCCACCCGCUCCUCUCCCGCAUCUUCUCAUUCUUCUUCCUCCCUAG